CAACGGACCAGACCGAGAUUCCGACUUCGGUUCUCUCUCAGAGGGCUUUCCUCUUCCUUUCUCUCGGUAGACUAAAAAGCGAGAUAGAGAGGGAGAGUGGGGAAAAAAACAACAGAAAAAAAGGAAAAAAAACGACGAACAAGGAAAACCCCGGGAGAAGCAAGCGCGAGAGAAAACCCUAGCGCGGUGGGGUUACGUUGAUCGGAGAUUCCUGCUCUGCUUUCAUCCGGCUCCGCUCCUGGCGGUGGCUGUUCUCUAUUAAUGGUCGGUGAGGGCUGUCUGAGGAGGUGACUUUGCCCGAUCGCCAUGAUUUCAUUGCAGAACGGAAUUCGAGCUUCGGCUCGCGAUGAAGCAGCUAGCUUCCAUGCCAAGCUGGAGCCAUCCACUCCUUCAGCGAGUCUAGUGCCUUUCAAGCCCCGUGAUGCUUCUCACCAUGAAGUUGAUGAAGACACGCUCUUGGCGCUUGCUCAUCAGAUGUAUAAGUCUGGAAGCUACAAACAGGCUCUAGAGAACAGCAGUGUCCUCUACGAGAGAAAUCCCCUUCGCACUGACAAUCUACUUCUAUUGGGGGCUAUUCAUUAUCAGUUGCAUGAUUAUGAUAUGUGCAUUGCUAAAAAUGAAGAAGCUCUUCGGCUCGAGCCUCGUUUUGCUGAGUGUUAUGGAAAUAUGGCCAAUGCCUGGAAGGAGAAGGGAGAUAUAGAUCUGGCAAUUCGUUACUACUUGGUGGCCAUUGAGCUCCGUCCAAGUUUUGCAGAUGCUUGGUCUAAUUUGGCUAGUGCAUACAUGCGGAAAGGGAGACUCAACGAGGCAGCUCAGUGCUGCCGUCAGGCACUUGCUCUGAAUCCUCAUCUGGUUGAUGCUCACAGUAACCUUGGAAAUUUAAUGAAAGCACAAGGCCUGGUGCAAGAAUUCAGUACAGAUAUCAAGUUGUUAUGUACGGGCCAGGGAUCAGAUGAUGGUUGAUCUUGUUGUAACUUCCAUGUGCAACACACCGAAUUGUCAGAACUAACAUUUUGUGCAGGCAUACAGCUGUUAUAUUGAGGCUCUCCGCAUACAACCAAGCUUUGCUAUUGCAUGGUCGAAUCUUGCUGGUCUCUUUAUGGAGUCUGGUGACCUGGCUAGAGCUCUUCAAUACUAUAAGGAAGCUGUAAAGCUUAAGCCUUCAUUUCCUGAUGCGUACUUAAACCUGGGAAACGUGUACAAGGGUUUGGGUAGGCCUCAAGAAGCUAUUGCAUGCUACCAGCGUGCUAUUCAAAGUAGGCCAAAUUAUUCUAUAGCAUACGGAAAUUUAGCCAGUACGUAUUACGAGCGAGGGCAGCUGGAUUUGGCAAUUCUUCAUUAUAAGCAAGCCAUUAGUUUUGAUCCCAGAUUUUUGGAGGCUUAUAAUAAUUUGGGUAAUGCACUUAAAGAUGUGGGUCGCGUGGAUGAAGCAAUUCAAUGCUAUAGUCAAUGCCUUUCAUUACAACCCAGUCACCCACAAGCUCUUACGAACCUGGGGAACAUAUACAUGGAAUGGAACAUGUCAGCCGCAGCUGCUUCAUACUAUAAAGCAACUCUUGCUGUAACCACUGGACUGUCUGCUCCUUUCAACAAUCUUGCUGUUAUCUAUAAGCAACAGGGGAAUUACGCAGAUGCUAUAUCGUGCUACAAUGAGGUUCUUAGGAUCGAUCCUUCGGCAGCUGAUGGUCUAGUGAACAGAGGUAAUACGUACAAGGAAAUUGGUAGGGUAACUGAAGCUAUACAAGAUUACAUCCGUGCGAUUACUGUCCGACCAACUAUGGCUGAAGCACAUGCAAACUUGGCCUCUGCUUACAAGGACAGUGGUCAUGUGGAGGCUGCUGUGAAGAGCUAUAGACAGGCAUUGCUUCUCCGACCUGAAUUUCCUGAGGCAACUUGUAACCUUCUACACACGCUGCAGUGUGUCUGUAGCUGGGAGGAGCGGGAUAUGAUGUUCAAUGAAGUUGAAGGGAUUAUUCGGAGGCAGAUCAAUUCCUCUGUUCUCCCUAGUGUACAACCGUUCCAUGCUAUAGCAUAUCCUUUGGAUCCAAUGCUUGCUCUAGAAAUAAGCCGUAAAUAUGCUGCUCAUUGCUCUAUGGUUGCUACUCGGUUUGCACUUCCUCCUUUCAACCAUCCUUCUCCAAUUCCUAUUAAGUGUGAUCAUGGAAGCGAGAGGCUUAGAAUUGGAUAUGUGAGCAGUGACUUUGGCAAUCAUCCUUUGUCACAUCUCAUGGGAUCUGUGUUUGGCAUGCACAACAGGACUAAUAUUGAGGUUUUCUGCUACGCGUUGAGUGCAAAUGACGGUACUGAGUGGCGGCAGCGUAUCCAGUCUGAAGCUGAACACUUCAUAGAUGUUUCUUCCAUGUCGUCAGAUAUGAUUGCCAAAUUGAUUAAUGAAGACAAGAUACAGAUCCUGAUCAACCUUAAUGGUUACACCAAGGGUGCAAGAAAUGAGAUUUUUGCUAUGCGUCCGGCACCAAUUCAGGUCUCGUAUAUGGGUUUUCCCGGAACCACAGGAGCAACAUACAUAGACUAUUUGGUGACUGACGAGUUCGUUUCACCUGUCAAAUAUGCCCACAUCUACUCCGAGAAACUUGUUCAUCUACCUCAUUGUUAUUUCGUAAAUGAUUAUAAACAGAAAAAUUUGGAUGUGUUGGAUCCAAACUGUCAGCACAAACGAUCAGAUUAUGGGCUUCCAGAAGAUAAAUUCAUAUUUGCGUGCUUUAACCAGUUGUACAAAAUGGAUCCUGAAAUAUUUAACACCUGGUGCAACAUUCUUAAACGGGUACCGAACAGUGCCCUUUGGCUAUUGAGGUUCCCUGCAGCUGGGGAAAUGAGACUUCGUGCAUAUGCUGCUGCUCAAGGAGUACAGCCGGACCAAAUCAUUUUCACCGAUGUUGCCAUGAAACAAGAGCAUAUCAGGCGUAGUGCUCUGGCAGAUCUCUUCCUGGACACGCCAUUAUGCAAUGCUCACACCACAGGGACCGAUAUUUUGUGGGCGGGUUUACCAAUGGUGACACUUCCACUUGAGAAAAUGGCCACUAGAGUUGCAGGAUCACUUUGCCUUGCCACUGGAAUUGGUGAUGAGAUGAUUGUCAGCAGUAUGAAAGAGUACGAAGAGAGGGCAGUAUCCUUGGCUUUGAGUCAGCCAAAAUUGCAGGCCCUAACCAAUAAACUGAAGUCGAUUCGGCUGACUUGUCCGCUGUUCGACACCACACGUUGGGUGAAGAAUCUUGAUAGGGCAUACUUCAAGAUGUGGAGUAUUUACUGCGCAGGGCAGGAACCACAUCACUUUAAGGUGGCGGAGAAUGAUUCGGAAUUCCCUUAUGAUAGGUCAUCUUGAUGAAUAGUGGGAGAUAAUUCGGCGAUGUAGAUAAUACCAGAAGAGUAAAUUAGGAAAGGGCAAGGAAAACGAUAUGACCAUUAACAAGAAUGCAUAUAUUAUAUGAUGCAAAAUGUGAUGUGGACAUCGAUGUGUACCAUACAUGAUUAUGAACCCGAUAGAGGUGGCAAAUGAUCGGAUUGAUGAAUUCAUAGAUUGGUUUCGUGGAUUGAACUCAGAGAUUAUGUGAAGUCAUUAUUCAACAAUCUAAGGUAGACCUGUGGGAUCACCAUGUAUUCACAGCUUAGUGCAGCGGGACUAGCUGAGCUAUGUGCAUCGGAGGCCAAGGCGUAGGUGUUUAUUAGAGUUCUAGAGGUAGGACCUACGAACCACACCUCAUGUGGCUGCAUCUUCUAUCUGUUGGGAGCAUGGUAAAGGAAACCGUACCGGACAUCAUACCGGAUUCCUUUCUGGUAUGGUAUUUUGUGGUACGACCGUGGUUCAACCGUUUUGUACCGGGGAGGGGCGCGCGUGCCGGUGCCGGAGACGAUCGUCGGUCGUCGAGCAGAGGAGGGAGGAUCGCCGGUCGUCGAGCAUAGGAGGGAGGGUCGCCGCUCGUCGAGCAGAGGAGGGAGGGCUGCCGGUCGUCGAGCGGAGGAUGGAGGGUCGAGCAGAAGAGAAUUCGCGUGGGCAGCGGCAGCAAAAGAAGCGGCCCGAUGAUUUAGGGUUUUCCUUUUAGGCUUCGGCCGUUUUUUUUUUUUUUUCCUAAUGCAAAACGGCGCCGUGUCCUCCUUAUCAGUUCACCCCCGGUUAGACCAAAACCGGGCGGUUUUUUGAGUUGAACCGGUUUUACCGGUAAAACCGACCGAAACGUUUCUUUCGCUACAAACCGUGUAUCGUAUCGACCAGGCGCCGAUUUCCAGUUUUACCGGUUCAACCGGCCGGUACGAUCCGGUUUCCUUUACCAUGGUUGGGAGGCAACCAUUUUUGAGAUAGCUGCAAUUUCGCUUAGAAGCUUGGCAACUCGACAACUAACCCUACUCUUUGAUGGCUUGUUGGUUUCGAUUGGGG